AUGAUAUUUGGGGCUCCUCUGUACGCAACUCCUGUAUUGGACAAGAACGCAAUAGAGUUCCAGUUUAUUUCUAAAAGGAAUUUCACAACGUUGGUCAAUGGACCGACAAAGUGCGUGAUCAAAGGCGAUCCAGAGACAGAAGAAAAGCUAUUGAAGGAGAAAGUGCGGAACAUCGUAACGAAGUGGUUCUCUCAGAACCCUUUUGGCACAUCUGUAAAUGGCCCCAAUGUGAACUUAAUCACUGAACCUGAACGUAUCCUCAUAAUUAGUCCAUCUGAAUCUCACAUGGAACCUCUGAGAAGAACAAUCCCAGAAUGGAUCACGAGAUCUGUUAUGGAUGUCUAUUCCACAUGGACCACAAAAUCGGCAGAGGAAAAUAAGGAGAUCGUCGAGGACACUCUUCAGAAGAGUCUCGCCUUUUGUUUUCUUUCUCCUCGGGAAAAUACCAUGGAUGAGAUAAAAAUACGUUCUGAGGAAAAUCCAGAUAAGGGAAACACGGUUGACAAGAUGUCCAUUAAAGUCACUGAUGGCGAGAAUGGAGGGCAUACCGAACAAUCCCUGGGAAAUUCUUUGGCAAUUGAAGAUUCCUUAACGAUAAUGAAACUGUUGGAAAGCAUUGUUAAAGUUCUGCUUCCGAGUUUCAUUAGCACUGUCUCUCCAGAUGAGGAAAAGGAGGUACACGAAGAAAUAGUGGAUCAUGAGUACAGGAAGCUUCAAAACGAAGAUUCCCGGGGAGAUUCCGAGGUUGAGGACGAUUCUAUGGAAAUGGACGGUCAUGGAGUCCUAUCCCUUGGGAUUGGGAACUGCUUGAUGAAAAACAGGGAAAUACAGGCUGGUCAACAUGAUGACAAAUUUAUGGUGGACAUUUUAUCCCCUGAAGAUUCCUUAGAAUUGAAGGAAUUACUAAGGCGCCUAGCAGAAAUUGAUCUCAUGAGAAGCUUAGCAAAAGCAGACUUGCUAGUAGACCAAGAAGACAGGGAUGAAUAUGGAAAAGACAAUGAAGCCAUGCGCAACAAUGAAGAUUCUGAAAAUGAAUCAACGGCUGAGAAACGCGAUCGAUCUAAAGUUACAUCUUCCUCAUCACCGGUGAUAGAAUUGAAGGAACUGCCAAAUCGGAUGAAAAAUGAUUUAAUUUCCUCCCUCCUGGAAGGAGACUCUGUGGCCAAAGUAGUGGACAGCAGGAUAAACUCCAGGAAUACCAUAGAGGCGUUGGACACUCCUAAGUUGGAAGCAUUUCGGAAGGAUGGAAAGACGUUUGAUCAUAUAUUUGUGAUUGGUGUCCGGAAGCUUUCCGAGAAUGAUAAUUUCCACUGGAUCCAAGAUCUAUGUUACCUACACCGGGGACAUGCUGACGGAUACUUUUGGAUCUUCAACCAGAAAGAUGAGCUCCCGGGGCACAUCUUUGAGGAACUCAAGCGUUCAUUUCCAAUGGAAGUUGUGACAGCAACGAAUGAUAUUGAAUCAGUUCAGGAAUCAACGGAUGAAAGUGAAUCUGUUCAGGAAUCGACGAACGAAAGUGAAUCAGUCCAGGAAUCAACGUGGCUCUAUCAAGCUCAGGAACAUAUCAAGAAUAUAUACCGAGAUUGGGACAGUCCACAAACAACUCGCCUCGUUCCUCCAGUCGAAGACAUAAAUGAAUGGAUCAAUGCAGCAAAGUCUGCUGGGGAAGAGUCUGAAAGAACCCUACUUUGUCAUUUAUGUGAAAUGGGGAAAAUAAACAAAAUGCCAAUGUUCAUCACAUAUAACCGUAACUUUGUCCACCUUAUAAAGAGAAGAAAUGAAGGGGGUGGACUUGAAGGCAUCCUAGUAUGCGGAGAACACGAUAUCGUGCUGAUACAUCGCAACAUUGGAGUAAUCUUCAUUCAAGUUAAGAAUCUUGAUACUGAGCAGACAGGACACAAACUCACAAAAGCAUUGGAGAGAAACAUCCAAACAGCUGAAGAGCAACUUGAGAAAGAUUUGCGCAGUCUGGAGGCUGCCACGAGAGAAUGUGGAUUAAAAGGUAUGAACGUAUCGCUCCGUAUCAUAGCACUCACAAAUGCGAAAAGAGAUCAAGUAGCAGGAACAUCACAUUGCGCCAAUACUGUAUUCCUCUGCGCCGAAGACAAUGAAUCAGCAGAGACCAUGGAACGAUGGUGGCAUCAACAUAUUCUCCAGUCGCAACUUGCUGAAAUCCCUCCUAUUGAUUCCAGAACCUACCUUCAGCUAGUGGCAAUAUACAUCGCCCCUAUAUAUGCAACCCCGGCCUACACUGCGCGAUUGACGAUUGAUAGGUUGAACUUCCUAACUGCAGACAAACUGGACAUGUUGGUGAAUGGAGCAAAGGAUUUUGUCUUUAAAGGUGCAGCUGGGACUGGGAAGACAUGGUUACUCCAGGAAAAGAUCCGAAACAUCUUCAUGUCAUGGUUCUCCGAUGGACCCAUCACGGACAAGGACGAAAAGAUCCUGCUCGUCUGUCGAAAUAACCUACUUACCUCGCACUUGCGUAAGACGAUUCCCGACCUCCUUCUCACGUCCGCCGCCGCUGUGCUCAGGAGACAGAACGAAAAGGAAAAGGAAAAAGACGAAAUGCAGAAGGUACGGCAGAUUCUAUGCAGCAAUCUCUUCAUUUGCUCCUUGGAGCCUUACGAGCAAGAAUUAGGGGUUAGUGUGUUGAAAGGGAAGAAGGCAAACGACGAACUAACAGACGUAGAAUGCAAAGAAGAUGAAUAUAACGAUCUCCAGAAUGAAGGUCUCGUAUCAAAGGUGAGGAAUGCAACAUGGGAGAUUGUUAUACUCUUUGAGAUCCUCGGAAGAUCAGUGGCAGUCAUGUCACCUGGAAAUAGAGGAAAAUGGCCACUCAAGGCUUUGGUCAUCGGACGUCUCUUCCAGUCCUUCAGUCCGUCAGUUGAAGCGCUGAAGUUCUUGGCUUCUACCAUCGAAGUCAUGGCAUUUAAGGAAGCUAGUGCAUUUCAGCUCUAUUUAGAAAGAUACGUCGGUCCAUCAAUGCUUGGAAUCACUAUGAGGUUGUCUGUGUGUUCAGCCGUCAUCGCAGAAAUGCCUGCAGCGAUGCAGCACGACCUACUCGUGGACAUGGAAAGUAUCAUGAAGACCAGAAAGCCAGCGUUCCACCACAUCUUCGUCGACGAAGCUGAAGACUUGUGCGAUGCUUUUUCUGACCACUGGUUGACCUCGCUCCGUCACCUGCACAAGGAAUGUGGAGGGUACUUUUGGAGGGCCUAUGACCCCCUUUCCUUGCCAGAGUUGCCGGUUACGUUGAGGAAGGAGAUUGGCAGUGCUCGUUCUUUACUUAGAGUGAUGAGAAACCCGAGAUCAGUGUUGGACACCUGGACUGGAGAUGAGGAUUCACUAGCAAGAGACGAAGACUUGACACGUUCAAGCCUUAGCGACCCAAAGUAUAAAAGGGAAGAUAUUCGAUCGGGGCACGAUGUGCGGGGUCCCAAGGUGUUAACGUUUGACGUCCCCAGUUCCAUCCUAUCCGAAGAGAUCCAGAGGAGCCUAUUAGAUAAGUUCGGGAAUUGGAAAUACGUCAGGGACGUCGCCAUCCUCUUCGCUGACCCAGCGGAUUUUUUUAUACACGGGGAACGGCUGAGGAAGGAAAUGGAGGAGAAAAGACGGGAUUCUUCCGGACCCAUCUUCAUUCACCGUGUAGAUUCCUUCAAGGGAAUGGAAGCUGCGAUCGUGUUCUUGAUUACUAACGAAAAGGCAAAGAGGGGGAGCAGGUUCUACAUGGGAGCAUCACGCAGCACCUCCUACCUCAUUCAAAUCUCCUUAGAACCUACCGUCGAAGAGGAUGCAGCUGCCGAGACGUCACUCAUGGAGGGUGUUCUUAAGGCCUUGCCAGAUGAUGCGCCUGUUGAAGAAAAGAACGCAUGGGAAAGCAAAUGCCGCCGCGUUCUUCUCAUGAAGAAUUUGUAG